AACAAAUGACGUGAAAAAGUUUUGGACACCUCUCUUCUACAAUAUCUCUUUCCUUAUUCGAAUUCUGCAGGAAAUUUCUCUCCUUUUCCAGUGGUAAGCUUUGCAGUUUGCCUCUUGCUUGCUAUAGACUUUCACGAGUUUGAUCUGUUAAGAAACAAUGCUCCAAUAAAUGGCAGUUUUGGGUGGAUAACCGAAAUAACUUCCAGGGAUGGGAGGUUGCUGCUGUUCUUCCAGAAAAGCUCAUCUGCACGGAACACCUGUCUAUUUCUAUUGUCCACCGGCUUUGGGAGAGCACGAGUCCCUGACAUCUCACGAUGGCGCAGCCUCUGCCCUCACAGCAGAAUUCCUAAUUGAUUGGGGUCUGGAUGUGUCGACCCCUGACACUUUCCGAUCCCCUCCUGCACCUUUGCCAUAUGAUUUGGUCUUGGGAUGUACACAAUCAACAUAUUCUGAGUCUGGCAGAGAAACAAUUAGUAGCAGUAGCUUUGGAACUUUGACUACAUGUGAAGAUCUUGAGGAAUCGGAUUGCAAAGCUCAAGCCAAUUCUUUGAGUGUCUCACCAAGGAAGUUAGAAAUUCCAAAUUUAAAUGAACCUAAUGUAUCGGUUGCUGAAGAAGAGGAUGAUUGUCCAAUUUGCCUCGAAGAGUAUGAUGCUGAGAAUCCAAGUAUUAUGACGAGAUGUGAACACCACUUUCACCUCUCAUGCAUUCUUGAAUGGAUGGAAAGAAGUGGUGCCUGCCCCAUAUGUGAUCAGGAAAUGACUUUCGAUAGUACGUGAACUUAGUUGCUCUUAUUAUCUUUCAAGGUGAGAGUUUCAUCUCUGUUUGAAACCAAAGCUUGCCAACACAGUGUGGCCUACAGAUCCAUUUCUGGUUUGGUGAAAGUUAUAUAGAAAAGUGCAGUGUCUAUUAAAUUCCAUGGUUCCCUUGGCAAACUUGAAGUAAAGAAAUGAAAAUAGUACAUUGGUCAUUCAUAUCUUCUUCAUUGCUUAAACCUGGAUUAUCAGCAUUCAGAUAUUUCUCCAGAUUAUUAGGAAUUUGGAUUUGAACUAGGCUUCUCACAGGAAAAGGAAAGUAAUAGUCAGUGCUGCCUGCCAUGUUGAUUUGAUAGAUUUCUCUUUCUUGUACAGAUUAUACUCCUCUUCAUUUUUUCUUGUGUACAUAGAUUUGUUUUGUCUAUUGGCUGGUAUUGGUAUUGUAAAUAGUUCUUUUAGUUU